AUGGAUUGGUGGGGUGCAAUCUUCAUUGUCGUAGGACUUAUUUUCUUUACUUUCGCCAUCAUCGAUUCGGCCCACGCACCCAAUGGCUGGAAGACGCCCUAUAUCUAUGUUCUAUUUGUCAUCGGUUGCUUGUUGCUUCUUGUAGCUGCAUACAUCGAGAUGCGGACUAAGCAAGCUUUGAUCCCAAGUUCAUUUUUCAAGGUUCCAUCCAUGGUACCGCUAGUCUUUGCACUCUUUUUGUGCUAUGGUUCUCUGGGUAUUUUCUUACUUUAUGCCACGUUCUACAUGACUGGGGUCAUGGGUGGCACCCCAUUACAACUUGUGGCGUGGUACGCACCAAUGGCUUUGGGCGGAUGCAUAAUCUCUACAGUUGGAGGCUUUGUUCUGCACUUACUACCGGGAACAGCCCUUGUAGUCACAGCUGGUGUAGCCUGGAUUGUUGCACCUUUGCUCUUCGCUAUUGCCCCAGCUGGUGCCAAUUAUUGGGCAUAUAUAUUCCCCGCCAUGAUGUGUGCCACGAUUGGUAUCGACAUAACGUUCACAGUCGCAAAUAUAUUUUUCACUACGUCUCUAUCGGAAUCACAGCAAGGCCUUGCUGGUUCCAUGGUAAUGCUCAUUCUACAUUUGGGCAUUGCAGUUUGUCUUGGAUUUUCAGAUAUCAUCAACACUUAUACUUUAGAUCGGCUGGGCCUUAGACAGAGUUACCACGCAGUAUUUUGGUUCGAAGUUGCAUGUGCAGGUGUAUCAUUGAUAAUAAUGGCUCUCUUCGUCAAGAUCAAGAGAGCGGAGAGUGAAUUGACAGUUGAUGAAAGAAUCGCGGCGUUGAAUGCCGUACCAUUGCAACUCAUAAGCAAUAUGAACUUUCCAGAUUGCGAGCAAUCCGCCAGUGUGGAGACCGAGACGCCGGUUCUUAGUAAACUUAGACGCUCGUGUGAAGCAUGCCGGUCGUCCAAAGGGAGAUGUUUACCAAGUAGGGAUGAUCCUACUCGAUGUUUAAAACGCGUUGCCGAGAUGGAACAGAAACUCAAUGGAAUUCUGAAUCUUCUGGCAACUAAAACUCCAACUGAGUCUCCGCCUCCUCCUGCCUCAGCACCUGUAUCUUCGCCAGAAUCCUUGCCUUUGGAUCUAUCAGAUAUUUUCGAGCUUUCUUUUCCACUAUUACCAAUGGAUGGCACGAGUCCCAAACCAUUUCAGCAAAUGCCUUCUUCCCCAACCCUUGAAUUUGGCUUGCAAGAUGUAAUCGCAAGGGGUAUAGUCAGCACCAGACAGGCCGAAGAAGCUCUGAGGGAAUUUGCCAGCAGAGCUUCAGCCUUCCCAUUUAUACUUCUUCCUCCGCACACCUCUCUGGAAACUCUGCGGCAUGAACGACCUGUCCUAUUGCUUGCAGUUCUGACGAGUACUGGCGAAAACAAUCUUCCUGUUCAUCAUGUACUCGAGAAGGAGCUUCGUGAAACCAUAAGUAACCGUAUUAUUAUGCAUGGAGAAAAGAAUAUUGAUUUACUACAAGGAAUUCUCUUACAUCUUGCUUGGUCGAAAUCGAGUGCAGCACAAACCAGCUACUCGAAUAUUCUUGGCUUUGAAUGUCCGACAAAAUUGACUCCCAUUGAGAUCGAGGAAAGAAGAACCCUUGUCGGAUGUUUCUGUGUGACAUCAUCUCUAAAAUACCAUGACUAUAUUGAAGAAUGUUGCCAAGUAUUAGCAGAGGUCGGCGCUUCCGAAACAGAUAGACUAUUACCGCUGUUCACGCGAAUCCAUCGACUUGGUGAGGAGGUUAGCGACUCUUUUGAUUACUGCAAUCAUGGAGAGCUGGCUAAGCUUGACCCGGUGCGAAUCGAGAUGCUCAACAGGACGUUGUCCCAGCAGUUCCACGAUAUACAGCGAUAUUUUCCCGCUGAAGCUUGGAGCAAUCAUGCAAUAAGAAUGACAUAUGCGCAUCUCCGCAUACACAUUACGGAAAUCGGCCUCCACGCUUCUGCAUCAGAUUUUGAUCGAUUCCCGAUCCCUACAGCAUCCAGCCGGACCUCUUGGUAUCAUGCUUCCGCGAGAACAGAAAUGUUGAUCCGAUGUCUACAAGCUGGGAAAGAUUAUCUCGAUACAAUUUUAUCUCUAACGGCGCAUGAGUUUUUCGGUCUCACAGCAUCAGACUAUCUAAAUUUAUUCUACGUGCUUUUUCUUCUGGGAAAAUUCUGCGAAGGUUGCGAUUCACCCUCACUUGACGGCGAACAAGUCCGUCAAGCCACGAACCUCGGCUUUUACUUUGAUUCGCUUGACGAAAAACUCGCUUCCUUCCUCCAAUACACGAAUGGUCAGCUUCAACGAAGCAGCAUCUUGAACAUAAAACUCUUAUGCCAAGAGAUCAAGAAAUGGUACAUGCGAGUUAUAUCUGGGCCACCAGGCUCCGACCAAGCCAUGCUCAAUGGCUUGAACGUCUCAUUUACAGAUGUUGUACCUUCUAUUCAACAUCUUUGCGGUACCCUUAUUAGUUCGUCUACGUAUUUGAAAGCGUAUGUGAAAGAGGGAGAUUGUCCAUCCGCUCAUACGGUAGCUCAAUGGAUGGCUUACAUGGCUGCCGAGAAGAGUGUCACGAUGGGGGCAUGA